UUGUGUCGUCCGUACUUCCUCGAGAUUUGCUUUCUUAGUUAGAUAAUUCUACAAUUACAACUACGAAAUAGACAAAUAAGCAAGACGAAAGAACACCAUACCAAUUUCUUGAAAAUAAAUAUCUCAUCCUUACCAACUAGCAAUCAUGUUCGGAUUUGACGACGCUAAGAACGCCCGUGACGAGGUCUACGACGGCCAGCCUCACGAGUCGAAGCUGUCCCACGAGUUCAUCGGCGGCGCCGCUUCCUUCGAGGCCAUGAAGCUCUUCGAGGACCGUCAACGCAGAGAAGGCAAGACUGUUGAUCACGCCUUCGCCAAGGAGCUCCUCGCCGGCAUUGCGGGCGCAGAGGUCGACAAGCUCGUCGAGACCAAGGGGCUGGACUUCCUAGACCGCGAGAAGGCCAAGCACCACGCUAGGAAGCAGGCCGAGGAGCUGUACGACAGCCAUUACGGCGACCAGGACCAAUAUGACCCGAACAACACCAGACGCCACCCUACUAUGGACUACUAGAUCUGGGAACGAUCAGAUAUCGGUUCGUGUGAAGGCACUGGGAAAUGAAUAGCUACCUCCUGCCUCCUACAUACAU